UCUAGCGGUGAUGUAAAGUAACUAGCAGAGACAUACUCAUUUACCUGCAUCUUAUGGUCGCUUGCCCCAAUCAAAUAUGGCUGAUUGUGUUCUUCCGGGUUGUAUUACGUUCUGCACAGCGAAGGGCAACUGAAGACCGCGACAAGCGUUGCUGCAGUGGCCGGGAGAGUUGGCAACACUGGUGAGAGCCUAAUCUCCAGGAUCCCAGAGAGAAGCUAAGCUAAGAUGUUCUUGACGAAUGUCCUCCUAAGAAAAGGGAUACCUGGUCGUCAGUGGAUUGGGAAGUACAGACGGCCCAGGGUGGUCACCUGGAAUAUGAAAAGGUCAAUGAUUAACAGGCUGGAGAUAGAAGCAGAGACUGAGUACUGGAUAAGCCGGCCCUACAUGACUAAAGAUCAGGAACAUGGUCAUGCUGCAGCGCGGAGGUACACAGAAUUCCAGGAGCUGAAGGCCCGGCAGAUGGCAAACUUUCCUGAGCAUAAAUACUUGCAAGAUCACUUAAAUCAUUUAAAUGUCACCAAGAAAUGGACAAUAACUUAAAUGAUGUAAUGAUGUUGGCAUGUAGUUAAAAUAUAAUAAACGUGUUUUCUAAGCUUG